AUGGCAAACAGUUAACAGCAACAAAUUAUUGAAUAAUUCGAAAUGCUAAGACAAGAAAAAAUUUAAGAGUUUUUUAAACGAAAAGAAAGUAGUGUAAACAAUAAAUACAAUGAAGCUUUUCAUAAAUAGUAAUAAAAUGAUGUAUAAAAAAAAUAUUUUCAAUUGGAACUCAUGGAUAUAGUCUAUGAUCGUAGAGAAAUUUAUAGCAAUAAAAUUAGAAAGAUGUAAAGAAAUGCGAUUUUUGAACAAAGACGAAACUUUCAUAAAGCAUUUCUAGAAGAGAACCAAUUAUUUUUGUAUUAGGAGGACGAAUGCUUUGAGGCAAAUUCUUAAUUAAUUGGGCUUCUAAAACUUUAUGGUAGAAAUGAAGUCGUGUAAGCAAGCUAAGAAUCUGAUAUAGAGUUGGCGGUAGAAAUAUGUAAAUUAAAUUUUCAUGAAGGGAUUGAAUUAAAUUUGCCAACAUAUAUGAACUCUGAUUAUAUUCAUUAAAUUUCAAGACUUGAACACUAAUAUUCUUAAUUGUUAUAACUAUAUCAACAAUUAACCCGUCAAUCUGAAUCAUCAUAACAAUCUAUACAAUCUUCAACAUAAGAAUCAAUGGAAUCUUCUUCAUAACUCUCACUUUCUUCACUUCAUAGUUCAGUAUCCUCAUUUUAAGAUUUUUAAUUUGAAAGAAUGAGAUAAAUGAUAAUUAGAGUUAUUUAUGAUAUAGAAUCAAUAUCAUCCUCCUAAACUUAUAACUUUUCAGAGAUAGAAGAAGCUCCAAUUUUUGAAUAUCAAACAUAAUAGGAUGAACAGACUGAAACAGAUGAUUACUGA